ACUGCUCACUGCUCAUGGCAGAACACGACCUGGUUAAACGCUGGCUUUCUCUACGUGAUGACCAAAUCACUGAAGACCUCAUCCAAGAGCUCUUAUCCCCAAUUCAGGAUGACCUCUGGGUAACUGCUGCUUGCACGGACCGAAUACUCGAUGACGUUGACGCACAGCGCGCCCUCAUAGACCUCGGCAUCCAACGCACAGACUCGGCUAUUAUUUGUGCUAGGGAGAUCCUUUCGACAUCACAGGCUGACACUGACAGUUCAAAAGCGUCGCAGAAAGCUCUUGUUGAAUAUUUCGCUGGACAUGUCACCGACGCACAUCUAUGUCGAAUUCGGUCGGAGUUGCUGAGCCGUCGCGAUCGUUUACGGACGUUUGACGAAGUCAAAGAUAACGCAAAGCCUACACUGCUGGAAAGCUCGGAAAGUGACUCAGGUACCAGCGAAGAAGGCUGGGAGGAUGAUCCAUGGGCAGAUGGUGACGCCGAGGCAGGCCCUUCGUCCAGACCCAUGAAGCCGUCAGCUCCUCCAAUACCGCUGUCCGUUUUCCUCACGGAGGAACUAUCUAUCUUGUGCUUGGCAUUAGCAUCCCAAGCGCAGUUCCCCUCCCUCAAGGCCCUAAUUAACCGUUACCCCGCCGAUGUGUUUCCACUUCGAUUCGAAAUAAUCUCUCGGAUACCCCUUUUCAUUGAUCCCUCCAAUUACCGCGAUCUUUUACCAGCACUGAAUUCUGAAACUAGGAAAGAGUCUAUACCCAAAGGAGCGCCAUGGAGAACUGACUUAGAUCUCUCUGAGACUGUCGACGUCAGACAUGCCCUCUCACAAGUCGAUGAUUCUGACGAAGCUUCUCUCAAAAGUCUGGACAAUGAACAGGCGUUUAACCUACAACCCGAGCCUCUAUCUGUCGAAGAGUUACUAUCAUGGUACAGACGACGUGUCGAGACCAUAAUUGCAUCGACCUGCAUGGUGGACAUAGCACUUAGCCUUGUCCAACACGGCGUAUCACAGGGUGUUAUUGGUUUGGAUGAACUCGGCGAAGACCUUACAUUGAUUUCCCGCCUUGUAUAUGACGCUCCUGGGUCUACCGUCUCCACAAGCGAAACAAUCACACUUUCAGAAUGGACCUCACUCGAACCUCGUGAUAUCGUUCGUCGAUACCUCACUCGCAGCUCCCCAGACACGAUUGUCAGCGACGUUCGGAGGCUUGUCAUGCCCUAUCUUUUCGUCUUAGAGUCACGAUGUGAACGAGCAGGAACACCGGAUCCAGAGUUGGUGAAACGACAUUUAUACGACUACGUCUUAACAGCAAGCCUUAACAUGGUCGUACCGAUAUUCGAAGCCUCAAAACCGACCCAACCUACUUCGCAAAGGCUAAUAUCGAAUGAUGAUGACCUUGCGCGCCUAGCACUGGCUUGUCUGUAUGGCAGCGACAGUCUCACAGACUGGACGAGUAUGAGCCGAAUAUUUGAAUGUCUUCCAGCAUGGAACUUCGCAGCUGAGGAAGAUGAGGCAGACACGACAGUAGCCUCCCUCAGUGCCUUCCUCGUCCCGUCUACGGCUCGUCCCCAAACAUCACCAUCCGACCUCCUUAUGUUUUUCAAGCCUCUACCGUCACGUUCCCUCUCACGAGCUCUAGACAUACUCGACGUGCACCUCGAGUCCGGUGAGAUCCUGUCGAGAUGGGGCGUACCCGUGCCGUUGCGCUGGUUCCUCCAAAGUGCGCAUGAUGAAGCACAGCAACGUGCUUGUGCAAUGAAGAUGGCGAGACAGACGGACGCUCCCGUCGGAGACCUUGACAGCGAGGACAUCUGGUUGUCUCUGUUGGAGGAUAUGCUCAAGAUAGCUCGGCCUGAAGAAUCGAAAACAGAUACCAACUCUGCGUUUGGCACGCUAUCUGGAGACGCUAUCCGGCAAAUCUUCUUUAGAGGACUCUUGAGUACCAGCAGAUUUGCAAUUGCAAAACAAAUAAUCAAACCGCGACACGGCGAACGAUUGUUGGAUGCUGAGACGAUCGAAAAGUUAUGUCUGGACUGUUCGCGUGAAUUCUACGAUAACGCAAGUUCGGGUAAUUACAACUUCGGGGACAUGAAGCUUGCUUAUGACUGUCUAUCUGUCGCCCCUCAAACAUACAUCAUCCAAAAAGAACGCGAGUUCAUAGAAGCAACCAGCCGAAUCUCCUCUUUCAACGUCACCUCUCGUCCAGGUGUACCCAUCCUACCCAUCGAGAUCCGCCUAACAAAGGACAAACUCAGCCUCGUCUCGCGCGUUCUAUCAAGCAACGAAAGUGCUUACAAGCACGUCGAAGUUCUCCUCGAGUUGGUGCGAAAACUCGGCUUCCGGGACGACCCACUAGCAGAAGUGAAGACACUCGCGAUGGUUGCUGAUACAGCACUCCAAGCGGAAGACUUCACGCGUGCGUUCGAAGCUAGUGAACGUAUGAUCAACGCUGUGCUACGGCUCCGGCAGAACGCGCCGCUCGGUGCAGAUAGCGAGCAGGUACGAGAGGCGGUUGAAGUUUGCUGGGUUGCUUGUUAUCAACUUGGUAGACAACCUGAAGCGAAGGAUGUCGAGAGGAAGAUAUCACUCCUAGGACGUGCACUUGAGUUAUGCCCACCGGAUAAAAUUGUUGACAUCCUCACAUCGUGGCGGAAACUCGAAGCAGAAGAAAUCGAACGACGAAAAGAGAAGACAACCCUUCGGCAAUCUCAGAACGGAGGUGACAAAAAAAACACUGACCGAAUGAGAGGCAGGACUUCAACAUCAACACUAUCGGCAAGGUUGCAGAACUCACUGCACAUGCCAUCUCCAACACUUCCCAGUGCCUCUGCACUAGCAUCAAACACCUUCAGUCGCGUAGCAGCUGCAUUUCCUUUCGCAAUACACGGCCGAUCGAGCGAAGAAAGGAGUCGGAGCCGCGAAGCUAGCCCAGACAUGCAAUCCCAGGCACGCCAUGCUCUUCGCAAAGGUGUUGGAUGGCUUAUCGGAGCAGAAGACGACGAAUUAUGA